GCGUGUCCUGCCAAUCCGGGGGAGGGGAGGGGCAGCGCGGCGAGAGGGAGAACUCGAGCCCGAGGCGCCAUGGAGGAAGCUGUCGCUGGCCCAGAGGGACAAGCACGGUCCCUGGAACUGCCUCCUUCGGCUGUCUCGCUGGCCGCCGGCCGCCAUUUUGAGCUGCAGGGCUAUGGAUUUGGGGCCUCCGCGGAGCAGCUGCGCCCCCCGCGAAUCGUGCGCCUCGGCCUGAUCCAGAACAAGAUCGUCCUCCCCACGGACGCCCCCGUGGCCCAACAGGUCUCCUCCCUCCAUGGUCGCAUUGAGGAAAUGGUGGAGGUGGCGUCCCUCUGCGGCGUCAACAUUGUCUGCUUCCAGGAGGCUUGGACCAUGCCCUUUGCCUUCUGCACCAGGGAAAGGCUCCCGUGGACCGAAUUUGCAGAAUCUGCCGAAGAAGGACCCACCACACGCUUCUGCCAGAAGUUGGCCAAGAAGCACAAGAUGGUGGUGGUCUCCCCGAUGCUAGAGCGGGAUGAGGCCCACGGGGGGACCCUCUGGAACACGGCCGUGGUGGUGGCCUCCUCGGGAGCCAUCUUGGGAAAGACCCGCAAGAACCACAUCCCCCGGAUCGGGGACUUCAACGAGUCGACAUACUACAUGGAGGGGGACCUGGGUCACCCGGUGUUUGAGACGGAGUUUGGCCGCCUGGCUGUCAACAUCUGCUACGGGCGCCACCACCCGCUCAACUGGCUCCUCUUCAGCCUCAAUGGGGCCGAAGUCAUCUUCAACCCCUCGGCCACCAUUGGGAAGCUCAGUGAAUCCUUGUGGCCCAUCGAAGCCCGGAACGCUGCCAUUGCAAACCACUGCUUCACGUGCGCCAUCAACCGCGUCGGAACGGAGAUUUUUCCGAAUCCUUUCACGUCUGGAGACGGCGAACCCGCCCAUCGGGAUUUUGGGCAUUUCUAUGGCUCCAGCUACGUCUCCGCUCCGGACGGGAGCCGAACUCCAGGCCUUUCUCGCACCCAAGACGGCCUCCUUGUUGUGGAAGUCGACCUCAACCUCUGCAGACAAGUGGCCGACAAGUGGAAUUUCAAGAUGACCGGAAGGUACGAAAUGUACGCUAAAGAGCUAGCUGAAUUCGUUCGUCCGGGUUUUGUCCCCAAUAUUAUCAAAGAAUGAAUAUUGUUAAAUCAUUAAUACCAAUGUUUUUAAAGAAGGAAUAUUAUCAAAUAAAAAGAAAUAUUUUUUCUUCCAGCAGAAAAGCAUUUUGAAAAGGGAAAAUAUACUGAAAUUUUCCUUUCUUUUCUCUCUUGAAAAAUGUAUCCUCGAGAUAAAAUAUAAUAAUAAUAUUGGUAUCAUUAAUCGUAAUCACAUUAGAAACACAACAUUAUUCUGGAUUGUGUUUCAAAGUGGUAAAAUAACAUGAUAAUAAUAGCUAAUGAUAAGCGGUUUCCUAAAAGAUAUAAUAAAAGAAUAUUAAUUAUAA